CUCUCCCUCGCUUCCUCCCUUUCUUCGCCCACUAUCUCUCCUUUUCUUUCUCUAUUCCUUCAACUUUUCUGAGUCUUCAAUGGCUGCCCGUAUCUGAAAUUCCGUGUUAGAAAACAAUUUGGGUCGGUGCAAGGCAACCAUUUUCCCUCUCCUUUCGGUUGUGAAAAGGAUACCCUUUGGCAAAAAGUCUUGUUUUACUGGUAAAAUUAGCUGCCAGUUUAUUACCAAUCCAAAAAAGCGAUAGUCAUCUGGGCACUUCACAUGGCAGUUUCCUGACGGCUCUGUUCGGUGAUAAAUUGGGGGGUAUUGUAUAUCUUGGAGAAAUGGCAUUGGGAAAUAAUUAGUGAUGCAUUCUGGGUUUACUUUUUGAACAUAAUCACAAAGUUGCAUCUGAUACAUUGGUAGUCAACGGAAUUUGGAUGCUCUAUGCCUCUUCAGUGAUUGAAGUGAUUCAGUUGAACAGAAUUUGGAUUUGACAUGUUAGGCCAAGCUUUUUUAGAGUAUCAAGUUUUUGCUGUAAUUCAGACUCUCGAUUUUUAUAUCAAAAGAGAGGGUGAAAAAUUUCUUAGCUGUGAAUCUGUAACUCAUUGUCGAUCACAAAAGCUGAAGCCUCCAAGACGAUAUAGUGGUUUUGGUAGAUCUUUUCUUUGAAGUUUAUCUGGAAUUUUCAGCUUUCUCAGAGAAUUGAAGAACUUAAGCUAAUGUGAAAAGCAUGUGCAUGAAAGAGAAGGUUUUGAUACCUUCUCCUCCGAAGGAAGCUACAACACCGUUUGCUUGCUUGAGGAACUAAAAUUGGAAUUCCUUGGUGCUUUGUUUUCCAAUACCAUAGUGGUGAUCUGUUUUGGAAGAUCGUUUGCGAAAUAAGCGCAAAGGGAAGAGGAAAAGAGGGAACAAGGUAGGUCAACAGUACCUAAUAAUCAUGGCAAAGAAGUCCCAAAGACGUCCUAUGAGGUAUGAGAAAGAUCAGUCAGGCUGCAUGUGGGGCUUUAUUAGUAUGUUUGAUUUUCGCCAUGGUCGUGCUGCUCAGAAGUUAAUUGCAGAUAAAAGGCGUGGCAGCAAGCACGCUUUUGGUUCUGGACAUUCAAAAAAUAAGUUAGAGAUGUUGACCAAUUUGGACAAACAUUGUGAAGCUGGUAAGCCUAGUGUAAGCAAACUCAUGGAGGAAGACAUGUUCAUUGACAAGGAUGCGGUUAACGCAGAAGCAAAAUCAAAAGAGUCAAGAUUAUGCCAUGAAGACACCUUGAAGAUAGAUCCUGGAAGAAAAAAGAAAUCUCGCAAGAAGAGCUAUGAUCUGGGCUCCCAUGAUUUAAAUUCGGACAAAACCUUGAAAUCAGAACUCUCACAUGGUCAGCAUUCAAGAAAGCUGUCUAAAAGUGAUCUCGAUUUAGAGAAGGUAUUGGAGGAUUUUAGUCAUCUGAAAAGUGCCUUUUCUGUAGCGCAUGACCUUGGUGGUGGUGAAGUAAAUGAACAAUCAAACCAGAAGCGUGUUAUUGCGGAAAAUGAGGCAAGACGUGCAAUCCUUGAAUUUGUCAAUCAGAUGACAUUUGAUGGAAGAGAUCUUGCGGAAGCUAGAAAAUUCCUUUGCUCCCAUGAAUUUAUGGAUGCACUUCAAAUUUUAAGUUCAGAUAAGGAAUUAUUUUUGAGGCUUCUACAAGAUCCAAAUUCACUUCUGUUAAAAUAUGUUCAAGAGUUGAUCAAUACUCAGGUUUCAGAUGAUAAAGAACACAGUACAAUUACCUACUCCAACUUGUCUGAAAAUGAGCCAGGUAGUUUGGAACAGAGUAGACAGACUGUCAACCACAAGCACCGCAGCUUCUUCAGGAAGAUGGUAAAGUCUCGAGCUAAAGAUCAAACAGGUGGACACGAGAAUACCGAGUCUUCGAAUAGGAUUGUUAUUCUGAAACCUGGACCAAUGGGCUUUCACAAUUCCCAAGCCGUGACCGAACUUUCAUCAUCCUUUGAUUCUUAUGAAGGUUCUUCUGUGAGAGUUGGUUCACAUUUUUCUCUUACAGAGAUAAAAAAGAAAUUAAAACAUGCGAUGGGAAAGGAGAGAGAUGGAAACCCUGAAAAGAUUCCCAAAAAAAUUGCUGCUCAAUCUCAAAAUAAGGGGAAAGGAAACAAAACCAUUGGCAAAGAUAAUUCUGGAAUGAAAUCUCCUAAUAAAGAUCAUUUUUUCAUUGAAAAAAUUGCAAGACCGUCCUUUGUUGAGAAGAAAGGAGACAAGAAUGGCACGUUGAGAGACUCGGAAGCAGUAAUGGAGCAUGAAAAUGGUAGUUAUCCAAAACAAAGGGUUUCUAAUAUAUACACUGAGGCUAAGAAACAUCUCUGUGAAAUGGUAGGCAAUGAAGAUGGGAACAUGGACUUUUCUGGCAGGAAGGUUUCCAAAACCCUUGGUAGAAUUCUAUCUCUUCCUGAGUACAGUUUGUCUCCCCUUGGUAGUCCUGGACGUGACUGGGAGCAUCAAUUUGUGACUGCACGAACAAGACUGUUGUCUCCCAGGCUAUCCUCAUUCACGGGUCAUUUGGAGAAGGAAACAAGCAGUCCAAAGAAGCAGCCAAGUAUCUGUAGUGAUUCCUCUGAUAUUAAAGUACAAGACAUUAAAUUAGAGCUGACUUCUACAGAUGACCUUGUUCACGAUGGUAAAGCAGAUCCAACCUCUCUUCCUAAUAGAGAUGAGAUAGUUCCAGAAGGUAAAGCAGAAUCUCCUAAAGAAAUAAAUGUUUUGGAUUCUUCCUCUGAACCAAUGGAUUCAGAAAACGUCCAAAUUUGUGAGAUCUCUUCUGAACUGUUUGAUGAUGCAGGACAGUCUCAAUGUCUGAAUCAGGAUGUAUCAGUAGAGAACCAACCGCCAUCUCCUAUUCACUCUUCUACUCCUAAAAAUUCUGAAGAUCUAGAGAGCAGUGCGGAAAUAGUUGGGCGGCCCAGUCCUGUAUCUGUUCUUGAUAUGCCAUUCCCGGAGGAUGACAUCAGCCCGGAAAGCACCAGGUUUCAACUUGGUAAAAGGCAAUUACAGCCGCUACAAAUUCAAUUUGAAGAGCAUGACUGUUUAAAAAUGGAUCAAAUUGAUAGACAAAAACAGUGUGUUGAAGAAAACAAGUUGAUAUAUGACUUUAUUAAAGCAAUUCUCAAUGCCUCUGGCUUCAGUAGAGAUCAGUUGUGGAUGAGGUGUGUUUCCUCAGACCAGAUAUUAGAUCAAUCAUUGUCUGAUCAGGUAGAGGUUCUCUCAAACCAGCCAUGCCAUGACCAGAAACUCCUAUUCGAUUGUGUCAAUGAAGUUCUCAUGGAGGUUUGCCAGUAUUACUUUGGGGUCUCACCUUGUGUAUCAUUUGUAAAACCUAGCAGCAUAAGACUGGCCCCAGAUAUUAUUCUUAAAGUCUGGGAAGGAGUGUGCUGGCAUUUGCUUCCUCUAUCCCCACCACAUACUUUGGACCAAAUUGUUAGAAAAGACAUGGCAAGAAGUGGAGCAUGGAUGGAUCUUCAGUUUGAUGCCGAGCAAGUUGGUUUUGAAAUGGGUGAAGCCAUUCUUGCAGAACUGAUGGAAGACGCAAUACUGAACUGUGUAACUGAAAAUCUUGAAAGUAAAUGUUUUGAGAUUCAAUGCGAAGCAAAUGACAAUGAGAGCAGCAUCAACAUGUAAAAACCAACUGACUUGCAUUUGUUUAUACGAGCCUGUUAAAUCUGACUGAGGUGAGAGGGAAGUUACCAGGCAUAUGAGGAAAUGGUAGCAUAAUAGGUGAGGAUACUGGGCACUAGUAAUCUUUGGCGCAUCUGACAGUGUUGAUCUUUGCUAUAUUUGACUACCCUAAUAUCUGAAGAAUAACCUGGACGAGGACUAUAAAAUAAGGUACCUUGCGUCGCAAGUAAAGAGAAACCCAGCGGCAAAUGCUUCCACUAAAGCUACGAGGCUUGUUUCCGACAAGUUGUUUACAAUCACAAAGUAACCCUUUUUUCCUCCUUUUUCCGGUGUGUGCUUCAGUUACCCUGUGACGGACUAAGGUUUCCAGUUUUAGAUAUUGUAGAGUUUGAUUUGUUGAGCUGGUGGUGUGUUGUAAUUUUUUUUCCAAUGGUAUCUUUGUAUAUGCCCUUUUGCUAUCCUAUUUUAGUUUAACAGCUCAAGUUUGGAAAUAAUAAAUUCUGAGUGCAGCUUGAUGCAGUUUCCAAGGGAAAUAAUAAAGUCUGAGUUCAUUCCAA